AUGGCUGCGGCGCUCGACUCGCAGCGCCUGGGCGCCAUCUUCCAGGCCCGCCCCGACAUCCUCGACGGCAUCAAGCGGGCCGCAGACUCCCCGGGCCGAAUUGCCCUCUUCAACGAGAUUGCGAGCCACGUAUACGACCAGCUGCACGACGCGGGCGAACCCGCCCAGAAGCGACGGCGCUUAGACGCCAGCCAGGCCAACGGGGCGAAUGGAGCUGCCACGCCGAUCAAAGGCAACGCGGCUGACGAGGACGUGCUACUGGUGGUCAAGGAGAUCUCCGUCUCUGCGCCCCAGCGGAAAAAGUUUGAACUGUGCCUGACGCCCAACUUUCUCUACGCCCGCGCCCCAGGCACCACGGCCCCUAUUCCGAGCAUCACAUAUGCGUGGACAGACAUUGAGUAUGCUUUUUACCUUCCUGUCCCGGACAAGGCGCAGGUCCAGCACAAUUACGUCUUCUUCCCCAAGGACACGUGCCUGCCAUCCAAGACGAACCCGCCCACGGCUGAGCCCCUGGUAUUCACCGUCCCUGCGACGCCACCCAAGGAGGGCACCAUCGGCGGCAGCGAGGCUGGUCAGGCGGCCGCCGUGUCGGACACGUACCGGUCGCUCUUCCACUGGGCCUUUGGCCGACGGCUCAGGGCUGCGGGCAGCUCCGUCGAGGUCGUGUCCGCGGACCCCAACAAGUUCCACAGCGUGAUCCGGCAGGCGCAGCGGCCCAACGAGCGGGCCGUGCACGUGGCCGGCUUCCGCGGCUCCAAGGACGGCUUCCUCUUCUUCCUCGAGAACGGCAUCCUGUGGGGUUUCAAGAAGCCGCUCAUCUUCAUCCCGCUCAACCGUAUCGCCGCCAUCAGCUACACCAACAUCCUCCAAAUCACCUUCAACAUCGUCGUCGAGGUCUUUUCCAGCGAGGGCGAGGCCGACGAGGAGCUCGAGUUUGGCAUGCUCGAUCAGCAGGACUACGGCGGCAUCGACGACUAUAUCAAGCGUAACCGUCUGCAGGACCGCAGCAUGGCCGAGCAGCGAAAGGGCAAGCUGCAGCUGGCCGAGAACCGCGCCGCGAAGAAGGAGGGCGGUGACGCUGCGGCGGCGGAGAACGGCAUGACGGAGCUCGAGCGCGCGCAGGUCGAGGCCGAGGGGGAACUUCAGGACGACGAGGACGAGGAUGAGGAAGACUACGACCCGGGCAGCGACGGAGAAAGCGAGGGGUCAGGGUCCAGCGACGACGACGAUGAUGACGACGACGACGACGAUGAAGAUGACGAAGAUGAUGAAGGAGACGGAGACGAGGGUGGUGAGGAGGAAGAGGGCGAGGAGGAGGAGCAGCAAGGCGAAGACGCCGAGGAAGAGGAAGAGGAGGAAGAGCAGCCGCCAGAGCCCCCGAAGCCCCAAAAGCCCACCAAAAAGGAAAAGCCAGCACCGCCGGCAGCCGCGUCGCAAGUGCCCGUCCGGCAGGGCUGGGCGACGGUCAGGAACCCGCCCGCGCGGCACGCCGACGACCUGGACAUGGACGAGGAGUUUGACGUGGUGGGGUGA